UAUGUUUGUUACAAUGUCUGUAGCAACCGAGGACGAUGACGUAACCUGCAGGUGAAUCAUAUACAUAACCGGUUCACGCUCAGCAUAGGGUGUGUGCUUAGUGAGGAGAGGAGGACGAGGAGGAAGCACAUACAUUGCUUAAUCUAAGCGAAAACAUGGAGAAUACAGACAAUGAUGGUGACACAAUGAAGGAAGAUAGCAAGGUGGAAAAUGAGGUCAACAUGGUGGAAGUUGCUUCACAGAAUGAAGAACAUAAAACAUCAGAGGUGGCAGAUGUAACACCUGAGGGUACAAUAUGCCAAUUUUUCCUCUUAGGGCGUUGCAGAUUUGGGGAUAAAUGUAAAAACAGCCACACAGGAGUACCUGCAGCAUCCAACCACCCUCAUGUUAAAGAUAAUAAAGAAAAAGGCAGCCAAACAUCUAAACCAAAGGGGAAAAAGCCUCCAAUGAAGACAGCCAGUGAUGUCAUCUCCCGAAUUCAAUGGGACCCACAAUUGCCAAAGGAGCAUUUUAUAGUUGGUUAUCUUGAUAGAUUCUUAGGAACAAUUGAAAAACCUUUCUCGGCUUUUUGUUGGGAAGAUUUAUCAUCAGUAGGGGUUGAUGUUCUUGCCAUACCCCAACAUCGCAUUCAGUAUUUCAAAUAUCAAGAUUUGGUGGUGUGGGACAAGGCUAGUCGUAUAGACAACAUCUUCGGGUCAACAGAAAGCGGUCUGACAAUCUUGGACAUUAUGGAUCAGUAUUAUACAUUGAUGCAAAUUAAAAGAAACGAUGUGGAGGAUGAAAAUGGACAGGGCCAAGGUGCGACCAUCGAUGAUGAUGAAGAAGAAGAAGAACUUGAAGAGAAGAACUGUACUUCCUUACAUCAAGAAGAUUCUAAAAAAUCAAGGCCUACACAUUUUAUAGCAGUCCGUAUAAGCAGUGAAGAUGUAAGACAUUCAGUGAAGGAGGUACAAAAUGUCCUCCUUAAGAAUAACCCAGACAUGACAGAGUUUUGUAUUCCAUUGCCAGAACUCCACUUAACGUUGUGCCUUUUGCAUUUGGAAUGUCCAGAUGACAUUGACGUUGCCUACACAGUUCUUCAGGAACUAAAAGGUGACAUUCAGCGUAUUCUUCCUCCAAGUCUUAUCCUAAGCUUUGAUGGACUGAAGGACUUCCACUCACGUGUGCUCUAUUUGGAGCCGGUACGUGCACCAGGGUUAAUAAGUUUAGUAAACAGACUAAACCAAAAUUUUCGCAGUAAAGGUCUGAAAAUAAUUGAUCCGCCACAAUCCAACAGCUUUCAUGUGACAGUAGCAAAAAUGCCUAGGAAUAUGGCAAGUAGAAACCCAAACCUUCUUUUUAAACCAGAGGUGUACAAUACUGUUCAGCUGACCCAUUUUGGGGCACAACAAAUUGAUUGCCUUAGUUUCUGUUAUGCUGGAAGCUCAAGACGGACUGAUGGCUUUUAUACAACACUUUUUGAAUUACAACUGUACUGAUGGCCUCAUAGUGAAAGGGGUUGUCUGGGGAGCAGGAAAGGUAAAACCCGUUGUGCCCCCGAUGCUCCACUUCUGCCCUCGGCACAUCUAGGAAGUUUAGCUUCAGAGACGAGAGGGGGCAGGUGCCAAGUCACAAUCAUGUUACAGUGGCUGCAACACUGACAACAUUGUGCAGCUAUUGGACAUGGUGUGGUUUUGGCUGGAUGCGAUGAUGGUGGCUUGGCACCCCAUCACCUAGUCUCAGAAUGUAUACUUCCGAAAUGUGUGGAGCACUGAUGAGCAGAACAGGUAAUACCUUUUCUUCUUCUUUGAUAGCCCUUUUUUUUUUUUAAUAAGCAUCCUACUAAUAUUAAACAGCCAGUUCCAUCUUGUGCCCUCAUUUUGUUGACCCAAGAACAUUAAAUUGAGUUUUUACCUGUAAAAUCCACUGUUUGCUGCAGUACCAUGCUCUGCCAGAUAUUGUAUCUCUUCCCCAUAGAAGUAUUGUAUUAAGGGAAUAAUAUCUCUAGUCAUGGAAUCAAAUAAAGCAUACUAAAAAAAAAAAAGAAUCUGAGAGAAAGACCUUCAUAGGAUAUCAAAGGUACAUAUUGUAUGUACAAAAGAAGCCUCUCUUGACAGAGAACACGUCACGGCACUUUCUGCAAGUAAAAACAUUUUUUUAACCCUUUAAACUAUUUUAUUGGGAAAGGGUAAGGCCCCUUUCACACUAUAAAAAUUCCUCCGUAAUGAAUGUCCGUCAUAAAAAUCUUGAAAAUCGUCCGUUCGAAAAUCCCAUUUUAGUCUAUGGGAUUUUUCUAAUAGCCGUUUUAACCCGUUAUUUUGUGACGGGCGAAUGAACGGAAGAAAUAGUAACGGGAGAAAUAGUGCAUGCACUAUCGCCCGUCACAAAAUAACGGCCGUUAUUAGUAACGGGCGAUAACGGGUUAAAACGGCUAUUAGAAAAUCCCAUUUUAGUCUGAGAUUUUUCUAAUGGCCGAUUUUCAAGAAUUUUAUGAUGGACAUUCAUUACGGAUUAAUUUUUACAGUGUCAAAGGGGCCUUACUCCGUUCUUAAACAUCUUGUCACCUAUCCGAAGGAUAUGGGAUAAGAUGUCUGAUUGAAGGAGGUUGCCGCUGGGACCCCGCACAAUCUCCGGCGCAGCACCCCUCUCAUCUGGUGCACGGAGCAAACUCCGCUCCGUGCAGGAUGACAGGCGACCACAGCCCUCACGCCCCCUCCCAUAGACAUGAAUGGAGGGGGUGUGGUGUGACGUCACCAACAUGGAAGCUCCAAGCUUCUGUACUCAGAGCGCCACAAUGCCGGCCCGGAGAUCAUAGGAGGUCCCAGCUGCCGGAUCCCCUGCAAUCAGACAUCUUAUCACCUUAAGAUGUUAAGGGGUGGAAUACAACUUUAAAAAACAGACGUUUUCCAAAAAAAAAAUUUUUUUUUUUUUAGCAGCACUGGGGGAAAAAAAUAAUCACUUGUCACGUUUCUCCCUCUUUCCAUUUUACCUCUUAUUGAAAUCAAUGGGAAGCUCACAAAUGAAGAUUUUUAUUUAAUUAUCUUGUGCGCUUCUUGGCAGAAACACACAAUAAUUGAAGCAGAUUUGCACUGUUUUUUUGCUUGCAUCUUUUAAAAAUCUUCUUUCUACACGUGUGAACAUACCAUAAGAGCCCACUUGACAUGAGUCCUAACUUUAUAAAUUCACUGCUUUACUUAUCUAACAUUGUCCUUGGAUUUCCUCCUUCAUUAUGGUUUAGAGCAGAAUUCUCCCAGCAUUCCUUAUUUAAAGGAGAAGUGUAGUGAAGGAGAAGUUAUAGAACGCGGGGGGUCUGACCGCUGGGAAACCCCUCGAUCCCCUGAACGGGGCCAUGGCAGUCUGCUGGAAGGGGGCGUGCCAACCAAUAGAGAUACAAGGAGGGGGCUUAUCAGCUGCGGCUUCCUGCGGGGGUCGGAACAGCUUCUUCCAAGAGACUGCCGGGGGCCCAUUCAGGAGAUUGUGGGGGUCCCAAUGGUUGGACCCCACGAUCUACAACUUAUCCCCUAUGCGUUGGAUGGGGAUAAGUUAUUUUUCACUGCACUACUCCUUUAAUUGGAAAUGUAAUGAUUACACUAGGUAGGGCAUAGUAACUUUACUUUGGAAAAACUAAACGGGGUACUAAGGGGUACUAUGGUGGAAAACAAAUACAAAUGUAAGGAGCUCAGUUAAGGUAUCUGUUAAGGAUGACCCUGUCAACAUGCUUGUCAUUUGUAUCUAGUGGAACAGUGAAUGCAACUCUGGGUAUAUUGGUAAGUCAAAAUGAGCGCAAAUCAAUAUUAUGUACUGUAUGUACAAGAUUACUCCACUUUUUAUCUAUGUAUAAUUUGUCCUGGUGCAGGGAAUGAUACAUUUUCUGUGGUGUCCAAAAGUGCCUUCUACCUCUUUAAUACUAC